AUGCAAACGACCACAGGUUUUGGAGAAAUGGUAAUGAAGAAAGCCCAGUUGAAUAGGCUUCGGAUUAAGAAGCUCUCAGAUCUCACAGCAGAUCAACGAUACUAUCUACGUUCAUUUCUACCACCGAUGCUGGAGAUUGCUGCUCCCUACGUUAUUGACAACUGGACUGAAACAUUUGACGUGUCCUCCUAUGCAGCAUCUGUCUGCCGUAAUUGGAAGUGGCUAGAUGCCAAACUUGUGAGCCUCCUCCUUCCCUAUCCACAGGAUAGGUGCAUUAAUGCUUGCUACUACAUGUAUGACACUAGUUUACGCGUGACUACAUUCAGAAAUAUCAAAAUGGAGGGGCUUGAAAAUGCGGCGGUAGUAUUUGAUGUAUUGGCCAUUUGCAACCGAUCCACCUCGAAUAAAACUGAAGUAGUACGCCUAAAAGAACCUCCCAUCAGCUCAGCUAACUCGGAAGUCGAGAAUAAACUUUUUGUUCUAAUUUUGUUCGCAAACUAUCCCAAGGAGUUGAGUGGUUAUUUGAACGAACACGGCGACGAACUUGGCACUAAAUAUAAAGUUGUUGUAUUUCUGGUCCCCUGUAAUUGUGAAGGACCUACAAUCUAUAAUAUGGAUUGUCUGAUGCUGAUGUACAGUAGACUAUCGAGCAAGACGAGGAAAGACCUCAUGGAAAAGAAGUUCAAAUGGCGAUUCUGGCUAGUGCAUAAUCAUGAAGGUUCUCUAUUGAACGUUAAUGAUCCAAUUAAUUGGGCUUUUGGUGAAUGUGUCGCCACUUUAAAGGAAAAUGAUGCAUCUAGUGAGGAAUCGCUCAGUUGA